AUGAGCAACUCGGUCGUCAAGUGGUCGUUCUAUGACCCAACUUCGACCUCCACUCACAGCGUUUCUUCCUCCUCGCCCGCCUCGCAUUCCAUCUCGAUCUCUUCAGGCCCAAAGACGGACUGGUGGACCACAGCACCCGGUUCUCAGCCCGAGUCAUCUGCUCAUCGCUCGUCCGGCCCUGUGGUCUAUCAAACUGUUCGCCUAUCUUCAUCGCAGGACUGGAAGCUGUCUGGUCUUGUCCGUCAAGAAGGUACCGAGCGGUUCCAACAGACGACUCUCUUCGUCAAGCGAAUCAACCCCAAAGAAGGUGCUAAUGGCGAAGGCCAGCUUUGGCUCAAGUCAGGAAUCGAGAAUGAAGGUGGUCGCAAAUACGUUGGCGUCGUCGCAACAAACCCUUUCUCAGACUGGAAUGUCUCUCCCUUACCCACGGGAAGCUCUUCAUCGGUAGACAUUGAGAUUGAGAAAGUCGGUCCAGACAUGCACGUAUACUACUCGUACCCUGACGCCAGCGGUAAGCAGCAACGCUUUCUGUUGCGUGAGAAGAAAGGCUUCGCUCUUCCUUUAUCUGCCGGAGACAAGGCUCAGGAGGAAGAGUGGUGGAUCGGCGCAAUGGUCUGUGGUCCGUUGACCGACGAAACAAAGGGAGAGGUACACGGCUGGAAGUUCGAGCUUCUCAAAGCAGAUCGUGUUCAAUCGCAUUAG